CUCUAGUGCUCUGGACGCUACAAAUUCCAGUAUCAGUUGCUACAAAUGUGUCUGGCAUUAACUGUUAUUUACGUGAGUUUCGUAAGGUUAGCGGUAUGCGUUUUUAAAAUUAUUUGGGAACACUAAAUGAAGGAGAAUGGAGGAUAAAGUGCAUGGGGUGUUCGUUGGUGAAAAAGUCAGUAAAGUGAGGUGGAAACCAGAAGAUCUUGUUGAGUCAGAUAUAUUUCUGACUGGAAGUUGGGAUAAUGAAACAAAUCAUCUUGUUCUGUGGCUAUACCCACCAAAUGAAGACGAUGCAGACAUCUAUCCGUGUACCAUUGGUACUCACCCUUAUGACGGUGACAUCACCGAACUUAAGUUCAUCAACAGCAACAUGUUUGUUGUUUCCUCAACAGUGGGGUCAGUAAAACUGUUGAAGAUUGAUGGGAAGGAGCCAUGCUUGGCUGCACUCAAGGAGGUGAUGUCAUGGGAUGAUAUUCACUUUCUCAGCGUUGGAGGCCACAUUCCCUGCACAGGACUGGCCGUCUUUGAGGAAGAUAUUGUGUCAGUGGGCGAGGAUGGAUGCCUGUGUCUGCUCACAGCAAGACAGAAGAUGCCUGUUCGAAGGAUUGAAGGUGCUGACAGUUGCUCUCUGCGCUGUGUAUGCUUCCUGAAACACAAUGAAGUGUUGACUGGAAACCUGAGGGGACAGAUGAAGGUGUGGGAUCUCAAGAAUGCAGUUAACAAACCUGCCUCUACCUUUAUGUUGUCUGGGGAACAGACCGGAGCCAGCUGUGUGACACAUCAUCCAACACAGCGUCACAUGGUGUUGGCAGGGGGAGAGGAUGGCUCACUCACGGUAUGGGACCUGCGCCAUCAUACAUUUCCUGUCACACUUCUCAGCGCCCAUUCUGACGCAGUGAGUGAACUGCAGUUCCAUCCUGACCGCCCAGAACACCUCUUCACCUGUUCAACCAGUGGGGAGAUAUGGCAUUGGAAUACCAGUUCCAUGUCACGCUCUGCACACCUUGGGACCAUGCCUUCAGAGUUCCCCAGGGAUGAGAACUUGUGGUUGAACAGUGAUGUGGCUAAGCACCGGCUGGAAGUGUUCACACUGAUGCCUCAGCUACACAAGCCUAUCAACUCGCUUGAUGUCAGCAAGAAUAGGGUUGUGUGUGGGUGUGACAAUGAAGCUGUGUAUGUGUUCAAGAAUGUCGUGCUCUGAGUUAUACUUUCUUUAUUACAGUGUGUUGCUGCAAGUUUUGUUAUUUUAUUUGUCUGCUGAGUGUUUCUUCAGACCCAGCACUACAAACUUGCUCAUCUCAUAUUGAAUAUCAUGUAAAACCAUCUGGGAAACUCUACUUUACUACUUAACACAUUUACAACUAAUCACAAAAUGUGUUUGUCAGUUAAAUUAGUAUGGCAUGUUUGUACCACUGUCUUAUAAUAAAGUUCAUUCCAUAUAUUGGCA